UCUCUUUUUACAGUUCCUGUUGCCAUGGUGCUAAUUGGGUUCUAAUUUCAUUUGAUACUUGUAUUUUUCUUAGAUGAUUAUGGCAUUCAAUAACACUUGUUGUGAAAGAUGCCCCCAGUUUUCUUAAUUUUAAAAAGGAAGGGUUUAGUAAAAGAUAUAGCAUUGAUUCCUAGGUGGGUAGCAUUUUGCUGUGAGGUGAAGGUAUAAUUGUAAUGACUUUUGUGAAUCGGUUGGAAGAUAUAUGAGAUUGGAUAAUAAUUGGGCUGAAUCGGUUUUUUGGAAGAUCUAUGAUUACACAUUCAGUCGGAUUUAAAAACCUAUGGUAACUUGUGUCAUUUUCCACAAUGAAAUUGUUUCUAUGGUACAAAUUUUGACUAGGGAAUAAAAGAAAGACACAGUGUACCACAUGAGGCACAUAUUCACUUAUAUACAGGAUUCUACUUUUGGAAGUUUCAGAGAUGGUAGGUGGGUAGAGCAGUAUAUGUGAAGACAUUCAGGAGUUUGGAAUAAAUUUAGCUGGCUUGUUUUUCUUGCUUCAAGAAUGGUUUUCCCUAUAGUUUGAACCCAUUUCCCUUUUUGAUGGACAGGUUUAGGAUGUCAUUUAUACUUUAGAGUAUGAAUUUCAGUAUAAAAAAUAGUAUCAUAUAAGCUCAGCAUUUGCAAUAGGAGUAUUUUGUGGAAAACUCCAUGCAUAGGAAGUAUUGUCCAUCUCCAUCAGAUUUUGUGCAUUAUUUCUCAGUCCAAUUUUGUGAAAUUUGAGAGAGGGGGUUGGGGUUUAUAUAUAAUGGGUUCCCAAGUGUAAAAUAUUAUCUGUUCUCACACAUGAUCGAUUCUCUUCACCAAUUAUUUUAUGUGCCUUCAAUUGUUGUGGAAAUAUAAAUAAAUAAAACGCAGGUUUUUAAGGCUUAUCUUGCUUUACAAUGAGUUGGUGCAGAAAACUUAUAGUGGAAAGCAAAAAAUUGUAUUUUAUAGAUGAUUUACUGUUAUAAAAAAUUAUUUGAUCAAAAUCUCUAAUUGAUAUUUUUACAUAGAAACACAUCAAUAGGAUUCAAAUGAUGCAAUUAGAAUACGAAUUACAUGUGCAGUGACAAUUAAGUACUAUAAAAAACAGAAGAAAAAAAAAUGACAGACCAACAAAUUAUGAAGGAGACAAAAAGAAGAAGAGAUGAGCUACCAAGGGGAAGAGAAUAGAGGGGAAAUAAAAUAGCAGAAAUGCACAAAAGUUCUAUAGAAAAAGAAAAGAAAGAGAAGCUGAAUUUCAAACAAGUCAAAGUCCGAUAGAGACCUGGUGAAGUAUAAAAAGAUGAAUCUUUCUUUAGAAAAUCUAUCCAGCCCCUCACACCUAGGCAACACAAUACCCCCAAGCAAUUACAUGUGAAAAAACACCCUUAGACUUAUCAAAAAAAAAAAAAAAACAACUAUUUCAUGUGAACACAAAUAGAAAAGCUAAAUUUUAAUAACUAUCAAAUUGAAUGUUACUUUGUGGUAUCUAAUAAGACAUUACCUUUUGAUCCUUCCUAAAGAUUUCCAAUUCUUUCAAGUAGGCUGCCUCAUAAGGCUCCUUCUCCUUAGCACUCAUUUUUUUCCAGAGUUCGGAUGCUUCUUUGACUAUAUCUUGGUUACAUAAUCUAUCAUAAUGGAUAGAAGUUGGAUUACGGACUCAAGGAUAAGUACUACAUACUCGAAUGGAGUUGAACAAUUUCUAGAUACUGCAUUUGAGCGAGUUGGGCAGAGUGGAUGCAUAUAUUGUCCAUGUAACAAGUGUUGGAAUUGUAUCAAGAAAAUAAGGCAAGAAGUUUUGGAUGACUUGAUGUGGAAUGGGUUUAUCAAUACAUACACAAAUUAGAUUUAUCUUGGAGAACGAUUACCUUCGUCUUCUAGGCAUAAUGAUGGGGACACCUCAUACGAGCAUAUCGACUCUAACGUAAAUAAUGAUGACAUGCACGAACUCUUAUAUGAGGGUUUUGGAAUUCAAAAUGAAAUGGGUGAACAAGCUGAUUGGGAAAAUGAGUAUCAUCGGGGCCCUAAUGAAGGGGCAGAUAAGUUUUUCAAGCUUCUAGAUGAUGGAAAAACAGAUCUAUAUCCUGGUUGUAAAAACUUUACGAAGCUAUCUUUUAUAGUGAAACUAUAUUUGUUGAAAACUUUGCAUCAUUGGACUGAUAAAUCAUUUAGUGAGUUGCUAAUGUUUUUGAAAGAUGUACUACCAGAAGGUGAAACACUGCCAAAAUCUUUUUACGAGACAAAAAAGAUAAUUAGUGACUUAGGUCUCAAGUAUGACAAGAUUGAUGCAUGUCCCUUUGAUUGUAUGUUGUAUUGGAAGGAGCAUGCUAAUGAUGAAACAUGUCAUAAAUGUGGCAAGUCUAGGUGGAAGGAUUUUGACACUCAUUCUGAGGGCAAUACAAGUACAUCACCGCCAUCAAAAAAGACAAAAAUUCCAGCCAAAGUUAUAAGGUAUUUCCCUCUUAAGUCAAGAAUUCAACGGUUGUUCAUGUCAAAUAAGACAACUUCAGAUAUGCGAUGGCAUGAGGAAGAACGCAUAAAAGAUGGAAAGUUAAGACAUCCUGCUGACUCUCUAGCGUGGGAUCAUUUUGACAAUAAGUAUCCAGAGUUUGCUAGGGAUUCUAGAAAUAUUAGACUUGGCCUAGCAUCAGACGGUUUCAACCCAUUCAGGACUAUGAGUAUUGCACAUAGUACGUGGCCCGUUGUUCUUGCUGUAUACAACUUGCCAGGGUGGAUGUGCAUGAAACAACCUUUUUUCAUACUGUCCACCUUAAUCCCUGGUCCUAAUGGUCCUGGAAAUGAUACUGAUGUAUAUUUGCAGCCCUUGAUAGAAGAAUUAAAGGAAUUGUGGGUUGAAGGGGUGGCUACCUAUGAUACGUCGAGAAAAGGGAUGUUUCGCAUGCAUGCAGCGUUAUUGUGGACUAUAAGUGACUUUCCUGCUUUUGCAAACUUAUCUAGUUGGAGUACAAAGGGGUAUUUGGCUUAUCCAGUUUGUCUUAAAGACACUUGUUCUUGUAGGUUAAAGCAUAGCAAAAAAAUUUGUUAUAUAGGCUAUAGGCAUUUUGUUGAGCAAUGUCAUAGAUUCAGACGCAAUAAAGCAGCUUUUGAUGGAACAGAAGAGACUAGGUGUGCACCACCUAUAUUAUCUGGAACAGAAGUGCUACAUGAACUAGAGGGCAUUAGCUUUCCAGCAUUUGGAAAAGUGGAUGAUGGCAAGGGGAAUACUGCACAAGUGGAUGAAAAUCAAAUAUUCAAUUGGAGGAAGAAGAGUAUAUUUUUUGAAUUGCCUUAUUGGGAGCACCUUCUUAUUCGUCAUAAUCUUGAUGUGAUGCAUAUUGAGAAGAAUAUAUGCAAUAAUGUACUUUAUACUUUGAUGAAUGAAUCUGGUCGAGGAAAGGAUGGUUUAAAAUCAAGACUCGACUUGCAGGAGAUGCAAAUAAGGCAUUCACUUCACCCCCAGGAACGUGGUGCAAACAAAUAUUAUUUGCUUUCGGCAAGUUACACAUUUUCUCCACUUGAAAAGAAAACCUUUUGUCGGGUGUUGAAAAAAGUUAAAGUUCCAGAUGGAUAUGCAGCUAACAUAUCAUGUUGUGUGAAAUUGAAAGAGCGUAAAAUUAGCGGUUUGAAGAGCCAUGAUUCCCACAUCCUAAUGCAACAACUAUUACCAGUAUCCAUUCGCAAGCUAUUGCCAAAGAAUUACACUUGUUGAGUUGAGUAACUUUUAUGAGGAAUUAUGUUCAAAAACUCUCAUACUGGCUGAGUUGGACAAUUUGCAAAAUAAGAUUGCUUUAACACUUUGUAAAUUGGAAAUGAUAUUCCCACCAUCCUUUUUUGAUGUGAUGGUCCACUUAUCAAUUCACUUAGCUCAGGAAGCAAAGAUUGCAGGACCAGUGCAAUAUCGUUGGAUGUAUACAUUUGAGAGGUUUAACUUUUUUGCACUAUUUUCGUAGGCUUUUUUCCCCACUAAAUAUUGCAAAUACUUCUCAUUUUUUUGUUGUAUCC